AUGUACAUGGAAGGAAGGAUCAAGGCUCCUGGGGCCCAGCCAAGUCCUGGCAUAAGCACCACCAGCAAGAGGCCGGGUGCCGAACCCCCCAUGUCAGGAGUCAGCCAGGUUGAGUUUCCUGAUGCUGCAGGGAUAGACAGUGGGAAGUCGCCCUCAUCAACUCCAGGAGGGCCAGAAAAGGGACCUAGACACAGGGAAUCCUCAGAGGAGGGUCCUCUGGAGCUCAGGACCCAGGAGCAGACGCAUCCGGCAGGACCAAGGAAGAAGCAGUCAACUCUGGCCCCCCAGGAAGGGCCCAGGGAGCUGCAAGCAGGCCGGAGUCAAGCCAAGCCAGGAAGUGAGCUGGGGGUGCUGCCUUCCAGGGUCCCUGCAGCACAUGAAGGGAAAGAAACCGAGCACCAGCAGGGGAGACAGCAGAACCCAGGGAUGGUGCAGGGUCAGGCCCUCCAGAGCCACCAGGGCCGGGAGUGUCAGCCCACCCCAGGUCACCAGGCCGCUCAUGGGGCAGACAUGGUGCAACCAGUAGAGAUUUCUUGUACCUUGGACAGCGGUGGGCAGCCACAGGGAGACAAGCUCCCCAAGGAGGUGGACACCCCACAUAUCAGGCCACAGGAGGACAGUUCCCAGGAGGCAGUGCCCCUAAUGCCCUUGGCAACUCCAGAGGAAAAUACAGCCAACUCUUUCCCGCCAUCCACGCCAGGACCUGACCCACCCAAAGGAAGGGUCAAGGCUGUGGAAACCCAGCCAGCACCAGGGCCUGUUCCUCCACCGCAGGUGAGGGGCAUUGGACAGAGGAGGGAUCCGGACCCUGUGCUGAAGCAGCCUCAGAAGCCCACGGUAGCCGCGGGGGCCCAGAACCUUGGGAACCUUCGGCAGGGCUUCAUGAAGUGCUUGCUGGAGGUGGAGGAGGAGGAGGCCACGCAUCGGAGGGCUGCCAAGGCCCGGGCCCUGCCAAACCGGAAGUCCCCCAGGACGCUGGCCCCCGUGCCCACCUCAGCCCCAAGCCUGCCUCAGACCCCAGCCUCGGCCCCUGCGAUGGCCCCAUCCUGGGCCCUGUUGCCAGCCCCAGGGCCAGUCCCCGCGCCCACCCCCGUGGGAUCCCCAGCCCCGGCUUCGGGGCUGGUCACAGCCCUGCCGGCCCCCACCCUGGACGUGGGCUGGAGAAGGGCUGAACUCUUGCACCCGCGCGGAGAGAGGAGCCUGAGCAGCACCAAGACACGGCAGGAGCUAGAGGAGCGCCGCCUCCUCAAGCCGGACCAGAACUGGGAUGAGAGGUUCGAGGAGCACCUCACCCUGAGGCAAGAGGAAGCCUUCCGCAGUUACUUUGAGAUCUUCAAUGGCCAUGGCGAGGUGAACGCCCAGAGCCUGGGGAACAUCCUGCUGCUCGUGGGCAUCUCCCUCUCGCCGGCGCAGGUCGAGGACGCCCUAAUGAGUGCUGACAUAGAUGGAGAUGGUCAUGUAGGCUUCAAGGACUUCUUGGCUGUGAUGACAGACACCAGGCGCUUCUUCUGCUCCGUGGAGCAGAACGCCCUGACGGACAUGGCUCCCCCAAACCCCCACACUCUGCUCUUUGAGAUCCUGUCCCUGCUGGUGGAGAUGCUGGCCUUACCGGAGGCAGCCUUAGAGGAGAUCACCAACUAUUACCAGAAGAAGCUGAAGGAAGGCACCUGUAAGGCCCGAGAGAUGGAGUCGGCCAUUGGCUGGCUGCGGUCCCAGAAGAAGCUUCCCUACAACCCCCAGCAGUCAUACUUGGAAGUCCCAGAACGAAGGGUCCUCAGGAUCCUGAGCCGGCUGAAGCAGCAGAACUAUGAUGCCAACCUGCAGAGCCCCUACGCGCAGGUGCCCUGUGUCCCACUCUGCCCUCGGCUGGACAAGAAGAUGACCCGUCGGAAGCAGGGUAGCCACUGCGUGCUGGACCCGUGCACCCCCACCAGCCUGGGCCCUGACAUCCGGAGACUCCUCUUCCAGUCAGGAUCUGAAGGAAGCAGGGAACACGGCUCUGAGAGCAGAAAGUGGCUCAGCUCUGUGCCGGCUCGAACCCACUGA